UUCUGGUAGCCCAGCAAGCGUUGCUUUAUUCUUUUGACUUUCUUUUCGUAUGUUUCUUCUGUUUUCGCGAUGUUCUACGCGUACGUACAUUACCCCGCCGACAAAGAGAAGGCGAUCAUGCCUGUGUGCCUGAUCAAGGAUUAUAAUCCAAAAACGGAGACUGACAUCCCUAGUGAACCGGUGCAAGCGUAUUGGCGCUCCGAGGCCGGCCUUGAAGAAGGCUACUACGAGGCGAAAGUGGUCCUCCUUGCAAAAUCGAAGAGGGCACUUCUCGAGGAGAUGGCCCACAAGAAGCGACUGGUUAUUCCCCAGAUUUUUGAGGAACCAGUGCAAGCAUCAACAUCAGGUUCUGCGUCCAACAAGAACUUGAAACAACGCAAGGCUCUUGCCAAGAGGAAACAGAUGGCGAGCAUUCUAAGUAAGAAGAGGCCUUUAGCAGGAGACUCAACCGACGACGAGGACCCUGCAGUUGUGCCGAAGUCGGAGCUAGAUAGGGCUGAAGAAGCUCUGCGAUCUCUGCGGAAGAGGCUCCGCAAGGCGUAGGAAAAGGCUUGUGCCACAUGUGCCGAAGGCGUUGUGUCGAAAGCCGAACAUGACGCAGCUCUUGGAAAAAUUGAGGAGCUUCAAAAGAAACUAAAGGAAGUAGAGGAUUCCAACUUUCGACUCAUGCGUGUCGUCCUCGACAAGAUCGUGAAGAUAUUCAGUUAAGCACGACGUGCACAGGAAGCAGACGAACUUGCACGCCGUAUAAUCCUUCAAGUAGCCUCGAUGCCAGCCGCCUUUAGUGAACUUUCAGAUAAGUGAACUAUUUCCUUGGGUCCCUUGAGUUCGCUCAAGUGAGAAUUUACUGUAUUGCAUCAAGGUGACGCUGAAUUCCCUACUAAAACCAAUAUUAUGAUGUGCCCAACGGGUGGCCACCGUCACUCUGGUGCAAACCCCUCUUCUUCCUGCCUUUUCACUGUUGUGUAAAGUGAUAAUUAUAGCCGCUUUCCACCUUUCCUUGUUGUUUUGUUUCGUUUGUAGAGGAUCCACACACCUGGAUUAUCCCUUUUUACUGUGUGUCGACCAGGUUGAGAUACUUUGCAUUGUACAAUGAGCUAUAUCCAUACUUUGUGUGCCACUUGCUAUGCUACGUUUUGAAUUGGUUGUCAUGCUCAAUUACAAUAAAUAAGUUUGUGUUUUUUUGCAGAAUAUUUUUAUGCCCCUUUUCAGGUAUUCCCUUUGGGGUUUACACGCUUGAUCGCUUUUUGAUCAGUCAAAUUUGACCUUGGAAUUUUUGU